AUGAAUAAUAAGGAAGAUUUUGACUUAAUUGAAUUAUCAAAUAGUGUGUGUAAUGAUGUAAAGAGAUCAAUUUAUUUUUGGAAAUCUGAAUGUCAACUUUCUUUUAAAAAUGCACUAUCUUUGGGCGGAUUAUAUGUUAAUCUUAUGACAUUUGAGGCUUUUUCAGAGCAAUAUCUUAUGUGGGACUAUAAAUGUAGAGGAUGUAAAUUAUAUUUAAAUGUAUUAGCCGAAAGAAAAUAUAAAGAUGAUAUAAUUUUAUUUAAGGAUGAUAUUUUAAACCCAGAUCUGAAAUUUUUUGAUAUUGAAUACUCUUACCAAAUAGUAAUAUUACCUAAUAUGAUUAGAAUACCAAUAAAUGAUCCUAUUAUACCAGAUUGUUUAAAAGAAUUAAUACAACAUAUAACUGAUAAUUCAUCUAUAAAUUCAGAUCAAUCACAUUAUAUAGCUUUGACUGAAGAUAGGAAGAUUACAAAACAUGCUGCAACUUUGUUUCAAAUUGAUAAUCCGAAACCUGUGGUUUCAAGUGGUUGGAAAUGUGAGGUUUGUAGUGCUACAAAUAAUCUUUGGUUAAAUUUGAGUGAUGGAUUUAUAGGAUGUGGUAGAAAACUUUAUGGAGUAGGAGGUGGUUGUAAAGAUGGGAGUGAAGGUGCUGCACUAUUACAUUAUAAAAUGUUUCCAGAUAGGCCUUUAGUAGUAAAACUUGGCACAAUUACUCCAUUAGGAAAUGCGGAUGUUUUCUCUUAUGAUAAAGAUGAGGAUGAUCUAGUUAUUGAUCCCAAUCUUAUUGAUCAUCUUGCACAUUUUCAGAUUAAUAUUGGUUUAUUAAGAAAGUGUGAUAAAAGUGUAGCUGAGAUGCAAAGUGAACAUAAUGCUACUUUUAAUUGGUCUUUUUCUGAUUCAAAUAAUGAACUAGAAAGAAUAUCUGGACCAGGUUUUGUUGGUUUAGAAAAUUUAGGUAAUUCCUGUUAUAUGAAUUCUAUAUUCCAGGUUAUGUCAUAUAUAAGUGAGAUUAAAGUUUUAUUUGUGGAUCUAUUUCAAAAUAUAUUAGAAAAUUUUUUAAGAUAUGAUACUGAUAAAAAGGUCAAUGAAGAUUUAAUUCUUCAAUAUGCAAAAGUUAAUAUUGCUCUUAUAACGGAUGAAGUAAAGAUAGAACGAGAGAGACGUGUAAACAAAUAUAAGAAUAAUAUAGAUAGUUUAAUUUCAAAGAUAGAAUCAUUGGAUAUACCGAAGGAAGCUAUAAUAUCUAGAAUUAUUACUGAAGAAGAUAGUUAUGAUUAUGUAUCACCUAUCCAAUUAAAGAAUGUUGUUACCAAAGGUCAUUGUGAAUUUUCAUCUGCACAUCAACAAGAUGCAGAAGAAUUCUUAACAUACUUUAUGGGAAAGCUUAAUUCACAUUUAGAAUUAUUAGCUAACUCACCUGAUGAGCUUAUUAUGGAGGCAUCUAAGAGAAUGGCACGAUGCUUUUUAUAUGAACAAGUAGAACGACUUGAAUGUGAACAAUCUAAACAAGUUAGAUACUUAGCAGAAACAACACAUAUUUUAUCAUUAUCAAUGCCCUCAGAAUUAGAUAUUUCACCAAUUAGGACACUAAAGAAACAAAGACAAAGUGAUGAGUCAAUAUUAAAUUGUAUUGAUUUAAUGGAUCUAAUAAAGGGUUGGACACAAGAAGAUACUAUAGAAAACUUCUUAUCACCUGCAACUAACAAAGUUGGUAAAGCCAAUAGAAGAAAUUUCAUGAAGACAAUGCCCCCAUAUUUGAUCAUUCACUUAAAAAGAUUUUAUUUAUCAGAUUCAUGGAAACCACUUAAAAUAAAUGAUAAAGUUAAGGUGCCAGAUAUCUUAGAUAUAGAAUUUUUAAGAAGAUCAGAUUCUCUUGCUCCUGGGGAGAUAGCUUUUACUAAUAUAGAUGAGUUACCUAAUGAAGAUUUAAUCAGAUCAAUAGAAGAACUAGGUUUUACGAGGAAUCAUGCUAUAUUAGCUUUUCGUGAGACGAAAUCCAGUGAAUCUGAUGUUUGUUUAAACUGGAUAUUAUCGAAUAUUGAUAAUAUUGAGGAAUUUAAAUAUAUGGAGGGAAUAUCAGAUACAUUACCUUUAAAUGAUGAUAUUAAUACAAUUAUCUCGGUAUGUUGCUGCCCUCACGAUAUAGCAAAAGCAGCUUUAUGUAAAUUUGGUAAUGUAGAAACUGCAAUCCAAAUGAUACUUGAUGGUUCUAUGCAUAUUCAGACACAUGAUAUUAAGAUAAAUACACCACAAAUUACAAAGAAUAUAGAUGAUGGAUAUGGUAAAUAUGAAUUGACUGCGGUAGUAUGUCAUCUUGGGAAGAAUGCACAUAGUGGACAUUAUGUAUCUUUCAUUAAAAAAAUUAUGGAUAAUGGAAAUUCUUCCUGGGUACUAUAUAAUGACAUGAAAGUGAGUAUUUGCAAAAAUUUAGAGGAUUUUAAGAAGGAAUAUGGCUACUUGUAUUUCUAUCGUAGAGUAAAUUAA